AGUGUCAAAGAAGAAGAACAUCCCUUAAGUCCGAUGAAUUGAUAGCUUUUGUUUAUUACCGUUAAUUUUGUGUCAUUUAUACUUAACAAACCCCUCAUCCAGGCGGGUGAAUAAAACGGGGCGCACAUGUCUUGUUGGGCUGUAUGAAAGUACUGUACUAAAGGACAUGAACCACCAGGCUUUUUAAAGCAAGAUGAACCGACCAAAACCAGCAACUCUGAGGCGUCCCAGCGCUGCGAAGCCUUCUGGUCAUCCCCCACCGGGAGACUUCAUUGCUCUCGGAUCAAAAAGCCAAAGUGGGGAUGCAAAAGCCCCAGCUGUGCUCCUGAAGCCAGCAGCUCCUGGUUUACCUGCAGACCGCAAGAGAGAGACCGCCUCCAACCUCCCUUCGUCAUCUGGACUGUCCAGCCUUACCAAGCGGCCUAAGCUUUCCACCACUCCUCCAGUCAGUGCCCUAGGAAGACUCGCUGAUGUUGCUGCUGUGGACAAGAGGGCUAUAUCGCCCUCCAUCAAAGAGCCUUCUGUUGUCCCCAUUGAAGUGUCACCGGUUGUGUUGUUGGAUGAGAUUGAAGCGGCCGAGUCAGAAGGAAACGAUGAUCGCAUUGAGGGCUUACUUUGUGGAGCUGUGAAGCAACUGAAAAUGAACAGAGCCAAGCCUGACAUCACGCUGUACCUUAGUCUCAUGUUUUUGGCUAAGAUCAAGCCAAACGUGUUUGCAACAGAAGGAAUAAUAGAGGCUUUGUGCAGUCUUCUGCGUCGAGAUGCUUCCAUCAACUUCAAAGCCAAAGGCAACAGCCUUGUAUCUGUCCUAGCCUGCAACCUGCUGAUGGCAGCUUACGAAGAGGAUGAGAACUGGCCCGAAAUAUUUGUUAAGGUUUACAUCGAAGACUCCCUGGGGGAACGAAUUUGGGUGGACAGUUCCCACUGUAAGAAUUUUGUCGACAACAUCCAAACUGCUUUUGGAACGAAGAUGCCUCCGAAGAGUAUGCUGCUGCAGGCUGACACUGGUCGCACGGCCGGUGACCUCAGUGCAGGUAGCAGCCCUCAUCCAUCAAACCCUGAUGAGGAUGAUAGCCAGACAGAACUGCUGAUCGCAGAAGAGAAACUCAGCCCAGAGGACGAAGGACAGGUCAUGCCAAGAUAUGAAGAGCUGGCGGAGAGUGUGGAGGAUUAUGUUCUGGAAGUCCUCAGGGAUCAGUUGAAUCGCAGGCAGCCCAUGGAUAAUGUGUCCAGAAACUUGCUUCGCCUGCUCACAGCUACGUGUGGUUACAAGGAGGCAAGACUCAUGGCCGUGCAGAGAUUGGAGAUGUGGCUUCAGAAUCCAAAAUUGACACGACCCGCCCAAGAUCUCCUCAUGUCGCUGUGCAUGAAUUGCAACACGCAUGGAGCAGACGACAUGGAGGUCGUCUCUAACUUGAUCAAGAUUCGUCUGAAACCUAAAGUCCUGUUGAAUCACUACAUGCUGUGUGUCAGAGAGCUACUAAAUGCACACAGAGACAAUCUGGCCACCAUGGUGAAGCUGGUGAUCUUCAAUGAGCUUUCAAACGCCAGGAAUCCCAACAACAUGCAGGUUCUCCAUACAGUUUUGCAGCACAGCCCUGAGCAGGCGCCAAAGUUCCUGGCCAUGGUGUUCCAGGACUUGCUCACCAACAAGGAUGACUAUCUGAGAGCAUCCCGUGCGUUACUGAGGGAGAUCAUCAAACAAACCAAGCAUGAGAUCAAUUUCCAGUCUUUCUGUUUCGGGUUAAUGCAGGAGCGUAAAGAAUCCAGCUACGUGGACAUGGAGUUCAAAGAGCGUUUCGUCAUCCAAGUGACAGAUUUGCUGACUGUCUCCAUGAUGUUGGGCAUCACUGCCCAGGUCAAAGAAGCAGGCAUCGCUUGGGACAAAGGAGAGAAGAAGAAUCUGGAGGUCCUGAGAUCGUUUCAGAAUCAGAUUGCAGCAAUACAGAGGGAUGCUGUAUGGUGGCUUCACACCGUCGUUCCCACCAUCAGCAAAGUCGGUGCCAAAGACUACAUCCACUGCCUUCACAAGGUUCUCUUCACGGAGCAGCCGGAAACAUACUACAAGUGGGACAACUGGCCCCCUGAGAGCGACAGAAAUUUCUUCUUGCGCCUCUGCUCAGAGGUGCCCCUGCUGGAGGACACGCUAAUGCGCAUCCUGGUGAUCGGACUCUCCCGAGACUUGCCUCUUGGUCCGGCUGAUGCUAUGGAGCUCGCUGAUCACUUGGUUAAAAGGGCCGCUGGAGUUCAGUCUGAUGAUUUAGAGGUGUUGAAAGUAGAGAGGAUCCAACUGAUUGAUGCUGUCUUGAACUUGUGUACAUACCAUCAUCCUGAGAACAUCCAGCUUCCAGCAGGGUACCAGCCUCCAAACCUGGCCAUAUCCACUCUUUAUUGGAAAGCUUGGUUGCUGUUGCUCGUCGUAGCUGCAUUCAAUCCACAGAAAAUUGGUUUGGCUGCGUGGGACGGCUACCCAACUCUGAAGAUGCUCAUGGAGAUGGUCAUGACAAAUAACUACACCUACCCACCCUGCACCGUUGCCGAUGACGACACAAAGACGGAGAUGAUCAGUCGUGAGCUGCAGGUCUCUCAGAGGGAGAAGCAGGAGAUCCUGGCCUUUGAAAGCCACUUGGCUGCAGCUUCGACCAAGCAGACCAUAACGGAGAGCAAUAGUCUGCUCUUAUCUCAGCUGACCAGUUUGGAGCCGCGAGGCCCACCUCGAAGACCUCCUCCGCAGGUCCAGGAACAAGUCAAGACCCUGAACCAGUCCCUGCGCCUCGGCCACCUCCUCUGCCGCAGCCGCAGCCCCGACUUCCUUCUUAACAUUAUCCAGAGACAGGCCUCCUCCCAGUCUAUGCCAUGGCUGGCUGAUUUGGUCCAGUCCAGUGAGGGGUCCUUAGAUGUGCUGCCGGUGCAGUGCCUGUGUGAAUUUCUGCUGCAUGAUGCUGCAGACGACUCUCUCUCCAUAGAUGACGACGAUGAAGCAGAGAGCAAGGAACAGAGGGCCAAGAAAAGACAGAGACAACAGAAGCAAAGACAGCUGCUUGGCCGGCUUCAGGAUCUUUUGUUGGGUCCUAAAGCUGAUGAACAGACAACAUGUGAAGUCCUGGACUACUUCCUGCGACGGCUCAGUUCCUCUCAAGUGGCUUCACGAGUCCUGGCGAUGAAGGGUCUCUCUUUGGUUCUGAGCGAGGGUGGGUUGAAAGAUGGAGAGGAGCGAGACCAGCCAAUGGAGGAAGACUCGACAGAUGCUGAGCUGUUGCCAGGCUACCAGUGGCUGCUGCAGGAUCUCCCCAAGCUUCCGAUGUUUGACAGUGUUAGAGGAAUGACAUCCACUGCCCUACAGCAGGCAAUACACAUGGAAACUGAUCCACAAACGAUCAGUGCUUACCUCAUCUAUCUAUCCCAGCAUGCACCAGUAGAGGAGCAGGCGUCUCACAACGACCUUGCUUUGGAUGUUGCCCGGCUGAUAGUCGAGCGCUCCACCAUCAUGAACAGCCUUUUCUCCAAACACUCGUACAGACCGGAGGCUGAUGCUGUGCUCAGCGCUUUUCUCAACAUCUUCUCCGCUUACAUCAGGCGAAUGAGGAAGACGAAGGAUGGAGAGGAUCUUUACAGCUGGUCUGAAUCUCAGGACCAGGUUUUCCUGCGGUGGACCACAGGAGAAACCGCUACAAUGCACAUCCUGGUUGUCCAUGCUAUGGUCAUCCUCCUCACCCUUGGACCCCCCAAAGGAGAGAGUGACUUCUUCAAUCUCCUGGACAUAUGGUUCCCUGAUAAGAAACCUUUGCCUGUGGCAUUCCUGGUGGACACAUCAGAGGAGGCCCUUCUGCUUCCUGAUUGGUUGAAACUCCGGAUGAUUCGAUCAGAGGUCGCUAGACUGGUUGAUGCAGCCUUACAAGACCUAGAGCCACAGCAGCUGCUUUUGUUCGUCCAGUCUUUUGGGAUCCCUGUGUCCAGCAUGAGUAAGCUGCUGCAGUAUUUGGACCAGGCCGUCUCUCACGAUCAGCAGACUCUGGAGGAGAACAUCAUGGACAAACAUUACAUGGCCCACUUGGUUGAGGUGCAGCAUGAGCGAGGAGCCACUGGGGGGCACACUUUUCAUGCUUUACUGAGCUCUUCUCUUCCUCCUAGCAGAGACGGUAACGAGACAAGUAAAAUGAAAGUAUCCACUGAGGCGCCGCACGGCUCAGUCAAGAUGAGAGCUGCUAGUCAGCUUCCUGUCGUGGGACCGAAGGAUGAUCUGACUGGAAUGUUGCUCCAGAUCUUUCCAAUAAAACCAGACCCCCGCUGGCCUGGCCCCCCGCCCAGCCAGCUGUCUCUGGCUUUGCAGCAGUCCCUGGCAAAAGAACUGAUGUUGGCCAAGAAAGGCCACAUCCAGCAAGGCGGACUUGCCUUUUGUCUCCUGAAAGCCAUUGCUACUUUACUAACCUCUGCGCACGGAGGACCCAUCGUCAUGUCAAUGCACCGUCACCACUCCCUCUCUUGUCCUCUUAUGCGCCAGCUGCAUCUCUACCUGCGUCUAGUGUCCCAGGACAACACCUUCUCCUCGCUAUUCCUCAAGGUCAUCGUUGAAAUGUUGAUCUGGUUGGACAAUCCAACUGUAGAGGCAGGACCACUGAAGACAUUAGUGAAGUCCCUUGCUGGUCAGAACUCUCUGAAACACAGACACAAUGAUGUGCGCACUGGAUUCAUCCACCUGGCUGAAGCGCUGGCGUAUCACACAGAUACAGAUGUCCCAUUGAGAACAAUUAUUUCAAUGUUGAGGGCUGGGGAGAGGUGCAAUGCCGAGGCGGAGCUCAUCGCAAAAGUGUUACAUGGCUUGAUGGAAGUGAAGUCUCCAUAUCUGGAGGAGCUACUGUCUCUUUUGAUGACCGUCGGAACACAGAAUGGUACAGCUGGCCCUGUCGCCAUGGUGAUCUCUCUGCUUCUCCAGGAAAGUGAAGAGCGAGCCAUUAAAAAGGAGGCUGAUCUAAAAAGUUUUAGUUCUGAGGUGACCAAAUCGGGCCUGAGUUCUGGACUACUUGUGGACUGGAUGGAGUAUCUGGACCCGGAGGUGACGUCUGUGUGCCCAGACCUUCAGCAGAAGCUUUUGUUUGCUCUAAAUAAGGCUAAAGGAACUCCAGCCUACAGACCAUAUCUCUUAGCUUUGCUGACUCAUCAGUCCAACUGGUCUACACUGCUGCAGUGUAUCAGCUCCAUCCUCGGCAAACAAAGGGACUACAAAUUGGACCCGUCCUCUGCCCUGGACUUCCUCUGGGCCUGCAGCCAUAUCCCUCGUAUCUGGCAGGGACGCGACCAGAAGAUCCCACAAAAAAAAACAGAGAAGUUUGUGUUGCGCCUCAGCUCAGAGGAGCUGAUCAGCCUGGUGGACUUGAUACUGUCAGAGUCGGAGCUCAACAGCCGAGAGUCUCCCAGCAAUGACAAGAACUCUCUGGAACAGACGUCCUGCUCUCUCAUCCAGUCCCGGCUGCCCCUCCUACACUCCUACUGCAACGCAGAUCUGGGGAACAUCAAGAGAGUAACAGAGUAUCUCAUGAACUGCACCAAGAAGUAUGAAGACAGCGCCAUGAGCAAACGUUGCCAGAACCUUCUUCUGCAGAUCUACCUCCACUUCCCUGAGGUGAUCCAGCAUGUCACCUUGCCCGAAGGCACGCUGAGCAGUGGAGGAGCAGCGGAAAGCAGUAGCUGCAAGCUGGAUGUUCUUGUCCACCGGCUGGUCACACUGCUGGCUGAUGUCGGAGACUCCAAGUCAGUCGAGGGUCGUGUUUCCGAUGCAAACCUGGCCUGCAGGAAACUUGCUGUCUCUCAUCCCGUCUUGCUGCUAAGACACCUGCCAAUGAUCGCUGGUCUGCUUCACGGUCGCGUUCAUCUCAACAUGCAGGAGUUCCGGCAGCAGAACCACAUGACUUUCUUCAGCAACGUCCUCGCCAUCCUGGAGCUGCUGCAGCCGCUGCUGUUCCACAGCGACCACCAGAAGGCGCUACAGGACUGCCUCCUGUCGUUCAUGAAAGUACUUCAGAACUUCCAGAGGACCCGCUCCCCGUUAAUCUUCAUCAACAAGUUCCUGCAGUUCACACAGAAGUACAUCACAAACAACGCUGCCGCUGCCAUUCCUUACUUGCAGAAGCACUCCAACAUCCUGCAGAACCUGUGUGCUGAAAACCCUGACUUGGUGCAGCUGAAGUCUCUGCUGGCUGGACUCACUCUGCCAGUGAAAAACUCUUCUUCAGAGGUGGCUGAAGAUGAAAGAGAUGAUGACGUGGCAGCCGGGUCGCUGCCUUUAGUGAACAUCUCCGCCUCGGUCCCUCUGAGCGGUGCCGACAUGACGAUGUACCUGAAGAAGCUGUCAAGAGGAGAAGCAGUGGAGGACGUGCUGGAGGUGUUGACAGAAGUGGAUGAGAAGUCGCGGAGGAGCCCGGAGAUCAUCCAGUACUUCAUCAGCGACCUGCAGAGACUCAUGACGUCGUCUGAGGAGCUGAGUCGCAACAUGGCUUUCAGUCUGGCUCUGCGGUGCAUCCAGAACAAUCCCUGUCUUGCAACGGACUUCCUGCCCACCUUCAUGUACUGCAUGGGCAGUGGAAACUUCGAUGUCAUACAGACGGCGCUGAGGAACCUUCCAGAGUACGUGCUUCUAUGUCAAGAACACGCCGACAUCCUGCUGCACAAAGCGUUUUUAGUGGGUAUUUACGGACAAAUUGACACCAGUUCGAUGAUCUCUGAGUCCAUGAAGGUUCUUCACAUGGAGGCCACCACAUAACUGCACACCAAACGCUUUGCCUAAACCUUGUAUGACAACUGUAUUAGCCGUUAUUAGAUUGUAAUUACUCAUCUGGUAUUCACUGUAGUGUCAUGAAGAAACUGGAAAUUGGCAGUAUAGCUCACACUUGUGUGGAUUUAUUACUGUUUUCGCCAACUGACACACGUUAGAUGGUUCCAUUCAUAAACUAGUGUCAUGACUUUCGGAAAGGUGGGUUUAGUGCUACAUUUUUAUAAUCUGUAUUUUUGAAGCAAAGCUGCAUUUUUAAGUCGUUUAAAGGUGAAUCUUUCCGUUAAAAAUGAGAUUAGGAAUUUGUGCCAAAAUGUCACCUCGAGCUUUUCUGCACUGUUGAAUCAUAGUUUCUUUAGCAUUACCAUCUGAAAUAAUUCAACUGGAAAACAUGACUGCAGAAAAAUGUCAAAAACAACUGUCAACUCAAUAAAGAAACACCAGAGUCUUGGUUUUACUGCCUGGACUCACUUGUUUUUUUUGUUUGUUUGCUUGAGUCUCUCCAUUCGGAAAAGCCAUCCAAUGGAUUUCACAACUAGAGGAAGUGAAUUUGUGGAAAAAUUCACUCUAAUGUAAUUGAAACUGACAUGCAAGUGGAUGAGGUUUAGCCUUGUAAAUCAUAAUAUAAGUCAUAUCACUGUAAAUGAGUGAAACAAUUCAUAUCUUGUUUUUCUUCCCUGGAAUCAUGGUUUUUACUUUAGGAUUAAAAGCAGAUUAGCUGGGAGACACUUCUGCCUUGAAAAUGUGAGUUGUUUUUCUGACUCGAUCCUCAAGCCUCUUGAUGUAGUCACAGCCGCUAGUCAAACAAAGUGUCUCAGUGGCGGGAAACCAGGAAAGUGAAGGUCUCCUUUCUUGCUAAAUUAAGCGUAGAGGUA